AUGGAAGAGAUUCCGGAGAAGAAAUCUACUUUCCAAGGGCUGAGAGUGGCAGUACCCGAAGUAAGCCAAGAAAGGAAGAUUUUUCAACUAAGUGUAGUGCCAAUGAAGAAGGAAAAACCAACACCAAAGACACCAGAGGAGCUGAAAGCUAUAGUGAACAGAGUGAGUAAAAAGAUGCAGGAAGAUAAAAGAAAAGAGGAUAGCAAGCAAGCCAAAGAAGUCCAGCUACUACAUAAGCCGAAACUGGAUGUGCAAAACCUCAAAAGGAAAAUCAUGGGUGCCAAAAAGGGAGUCAAGAUCCAGGUAAUAGAAGCUCCAAGAGCCAUAGCUCAGCCAAGACAACAAGUGCGAGUGCAGAAAAGGCCUACUAAACCCGUUAAAAGAGCAUGCUACGAAACACCAAAAUCAAAGGAAUUUAUAAGUGAAAGCAGUGAAGAUAGUGACGAGGAAAGCGCCAAGCAAGUGAAAAGCAAGAUAGUGGGCAAACCAGAGGAAACGAAACCAAAGAAGACAGAUGACAAAAUGGUCGAAAAUGAACAGGAAGACCAAGCAACAGGAAAGAAUGAAAGCAAAGAAAAUAUCCUACAAGAAGAUCUAGCCCUGAGUGAAAGCGAAGAAGAGCCAGAAGAAAGAAAAGAUAAUGAGAAGGUUCAAAGAGGAACAGAAGACAGUAACGAAAAGGAAGAAAAGAAUGGAAAGAGCGAAGAAGAGCCACAAGAAAGGAAAGAUAAUGAGAAGGUGCAAGAAGGAAAAGAAAACAGUAACGAAAAAGAAAAUGAAAAAAUAGAGACACAAGAAGAGAAACAGGCAAAGGAAGAGCAAAUAAAAUGGAAGCUAAUACCUAUGGAAGAUAUAAGUGUGCCUACUCCAAAACGGGACUGGAUCCAAGAAAAAUGGAAUGCAAGAAACAAGGAAAUGGAGGAGAAAAACUUAAAAGUACACCCGGACGAUCCCAGGUUUAAUGCACGGUGCAAGAAAUGCCGAGAACGUUUCCAUUAUACCAAGGAGUGUACCAAGGAGAAGAAGAAACAACCAUGA